AGGGAUGGCAAGGGCCGGGUAUUUGCUGCUGAUGCUGAUGACAGUGUGAACGGCCUCUGCGCUCCUUUAUAUCGUUAUACCUCAGUGCUGUAAUCACGGUUUAGAAAUGUGGCAACAUAUUUUGUAUGUUUGACACAUACAGAAGCAUCUUCAGACGGAGAAUCAUGUCUUUGGAGAGCGUUAGGAUGGUAAAUACAUUUCGGGAGGCCGGGAGAAGCUGAAGAAAUUUUAAGCAAGCGGACUGAAUUUGUUCCUGACACAGGUGGAUGAUUGUUGGAUUCGAAACGUCUGGAUAAAAACACAAAACGCGGAUGUAAAUGAAAAUUAUCGUCAGAACGAAUAAACUGACUUAAAUGGGAAAAGGAAAUUAGCUGAAGGUCUUCAUAUUCAGUCUAAUUUUGCUUCAGAAUCAAGGGCUGACGAAUUGGCUCGUUAGCUAGCUAGUUAACAAGCUAACUAGCUCGAGCUUCCUUCAGGAUAUUAUAGGGAUGCUCGGACGCCUUCGCGUUAAAUCAAUGUUAAUAUUGCCAAACAUGUUAUUGUCAGUCUGCAAGCAUUGGCAUGCUUUACAUGGAGUUCAACGUUGCUAGCUAACUAAGUUAGCAAGCUAGCUAUUUAUUUACUCGAAGGUUGGCGUAUUAUAAUCCAUUGUCAAGUUAAAACAUCUCGCAUUGGCUAAAAGCUAGCGAGCUAGCUGGUUAACCAGUUGACGUUAGCUACAGUCACACUUUGAAACCAAAUUGUCGAUAACCCAGUGGCAGUGCCACAUAUUAGUACAUGUUAAAAGUAGUUAAACGUUGGUGAUAUUAUUGCAUCCUAUUUAUAGCAUGAAUUCAAUGUUCUGCUUAUUUUCAGACUGAAUUUUUUUGGCAGUCAGCUGUAUUAGCAAGACGAUGCUUGACAACAACCGGGGCAACUGACAGCUAAAAUUAGUCCGUCCCAAUGAUGCUGGAGAUGGGGACAGUGAAUUUAUAUAGCACGCCGUGUUUAUCAUUUGCUUCCUUAUUCCCUUGAUCAGGUUUGACCAUUUUCUAUCAAACUAAACUGAUCAAUUCCCUUACUAUCACAGGAACUCAUCUUUUUGUGUGUUAUGUCACUUCAUAAUGUCUUGUAAUAUCAUAGUCACUGUAUGACAUUGGCAUAGAAUUAGAAUACUAACUAUUAGAAUAUAGUAAUUUAAUAGGAUCGAUAUGGACAUUAGCAUGUUGCCCCAGUAAUAGUUUGGUUCUUAGAACAUUUCUAUUUAGCCUGUGCUAUUUUGCUAAGACACAUGUCACCAAUUAAUGUUGCAUUCUAAAGUAUACAUCAAAGUUCAUAAUUCUAUGGAAUGAAUUAAACAUUUUUCUGAAAAUGCACAUUGGAUUAGUUGACAACAUUUUUUAAAAAAUGCAGGGUUAGUCACUGUAAAUGCAUGAGUAGUGGAUAAUUUAAGGCAACAUCAACAAUUAUGGCAAGUAGACAAAUCAAUGAAUAUAGGGAAUAGACUGGUUAUAAGCACUAAGGUGUUUACACAGUGCUGAGAUGUCAUAAAUUCAGAGCCAGUCAGGCAGGUUUUUAUUUACCAUCAUGCAAAAUUUGCCUAUGGAUCUAAUCAAGGAUAUCAACUACCAUGUGUAGAAUAACAAUAUUGAAAUUGAGAAAGAAUUGGAUUUUGACUUUAAUGUAAGAGGAAUUAUAAGCUUUCUCAAAUUUGCUCAGGAAUUAUCUAUUUAAAUGGAACAGACUCUGAUAUCUAGCCCUCUGGGGCAUUCUGAGUGGGAUCCAGAAGGCACAAGCUCCCAUGGAUUCAUCCUCUUGGAUUCAGACAAAGGAGCCAUAAUGCCUCAGAGAAAAGGUGGUCAGACAGCUUUGGAUUUCCAGAAAGUUGACCAGGAUGUAUCUCUAUGCCUGGAAGAGCUUUUCCAGGAGAACGCCUUAAAUUUAGACAGUCUUUUCAGGACCUCCAGUUACUCUGGUGGAGACAAGAUUUUGCCAUGGGAGGGAGAUCAAUCUAAUCAUUCUCAAGAUGUUCCCCUGGACAAACCUCUAGAGUUAUCGCCUCUUAAAGACAAAAUUGAGGAACAUAACAAUGUAAGUGACAGUCCUCUACCUUGGCUGUUAUUCUCCAAAACCACUGAUUUGCUCAGGGACAACUCAGUGUGUGAGGAACUAAAUUCCCUGCAAGAUCCACCUGUGAGUUACACAGACUCUGUUAACAGUCACAAGGAGCUGAUAACCCUCAGUGAACCUCCUUCUCCUGUGAAGGUUUCAGAUAGGACUCCAGAUACCAACACAGAGGCUUCCUCUUUGUUGGUAGAUCACCUCUCAUCUGAAAACUUCACCUUCUCCCCCAGCCCUGCCCCUUCAGGUGAGGUGAACCCACAGGGUGUCAGUAAGGAGCUUUUACUCCUGUCACUGGAUGAGGACAGUGGCUUCCCUCCUCCCUUACAGGGCGGGGAGACUGUGUCACCUGAAACCGGGGACAAAGGUUUAUUCCUGGAACCUGUGACUGAUCUACCCACAGUCAGUAACAGUACCCCUGAAGGUUUACCUGAGAGCAGCUUCUCACACAACAACAUCCAUACUGACUGCGCUAGAAAAUCUCCAGGGGUUCAGGUGGGAUCUGUGCCUUUGCUGGAUCUGGAGGUUCCUGACUGUGACAACAGCCUCAGCCUCUGCCCUACUCCUCUUGAGUCACCUACCUGCACGGGUGCAUCACCUGCAGAGGAUUCAGAGCAGGAACACACUUUGGCUACUUCAAUCCUGACUCUAUCAGAGCACAUAGGUGAGGGGGACUCGUCCGUCCUUCUGAACUCUUCACCAUCGAUUGAACCCCCGUCGCCAAAGUUCCUCUCCAACAGAGAUGCUUCGGUCCUUGGUCAACUGCCCAGUGGCUGCAGCUCCGAGGAGAAUGGCCCCCAAGAUUUGAUGGAAGACAAAAUUAUCUUUGAUUUUACCAAACAUGAGGGAGAGGAGGAAAUGGCUCUGGAUCAGUGCUUGACCUUAGACGUGCUGCCCGAUGAGGAAACGUGGGACUUGAAACCACCUGAGGCUAUACAGGGUGACAGUGUUCCUGCCUUACAAACUGAACAGCGCGAUGGGGAAAGGUUGGCAAACUUGGACCUGUUUGCCGGAACCACGGGUUGUCACAAACGUGAUAGUUUUGAUUGCCCAGUUCUGGAGUUGAAUGGUUUGUCUUCUGACUCUGGAUGGACUAGUGAACAAACAGUAGAGACGCUGUCACUCUCUAAAAUGGUGGGGUCUGACUCCAUGGUCCCCAUAGUGAAUCAGAGAGAGGAAGACCCAUCACCUCUGAAGGCAGUGUUUGACGCUCUGGACCAGGAUGGGGAUGGAUUUGUACGCAUUGAGGAGUUUAUGGAGUUUGCUGCUGCCUAUGGGGCUGACCAGGUAAAGGAUCUGACCAAGUUCCUGGAUCCAAGUGGGCUGGGGGUGAUCAGCUUCGAGGACUUCCAUAGAGGAAUCUCGGCCAUCAGCAAUGGAGGGACAGAGCCCCAGCUCUACGAUGUGCACUUCAGCCCAGGGGACGGAGCCGUGGGCUGCUCAGAGGAGUACGAUGAGCAAAACGAGGUGACGGACAGUGCAUACCUGGGCUCGGAGAGCACUUACAGCGAGUGUGAGACGUUUACCGACGAGGACACGGGAGCCCUGGUCCAGCCCGAGAUGCACGAGGAUGUGGAGACGGACAGCGGCAUCGAGGCCACGCUCCACGACCCAGAGGACAGUAGCAACAGGUUCUCCCUGAGCUCUGAGUUGCACAGCCACACCCUGGUGACAGUGAUUGGCGGGGAUGAGGAACAUUUUGAGGACUUUGGGGAGAGCAACACCUCGGAGCUGCUGCUGGACACCACUGAGGAGGGAACCGAGGGAGAGGGGGACUCAUCCCACCUCCAGACCCCCGACCAGAGCAACUGCUCCUCCCUGCUACUCUCUCCCAGCACCCCCACUACUCUCCCUGCCAGCUUUCAGAGCUUCCUCAGGGAGGAAGCGCUGGACUUUUUCUGUAACCAAUGUCACAAACAAAUCUCUCGCCUGGAGGACCUCUCCACUCGCCUCAAUUUCCUAGAGAUGAAUAGCUCCAGCAAGAGGCUGUCCAGCAAGAAAGUAGCGCGACACCUCCUCCAGAACAGCUCCAUGACGCUGGACAGCAUGAGUGAGCUGUCCCGGGACAUACUGGACCUGGCUGACACCGACAUCACUGACAAGGUGCUCCUGCUGGAGCGUCGCGUGGCGGAGCUGGAGAAGGACUCGGAGGCUAGCGGGGAGCAGCACGCACGCCUCCGCCAGGAGAACCUGCAGCUGGUGCACCGGGCCAACGCCCUGGAGGAGCAGCUCAAGGAGCAAGAGCUCCGCGCUGAGGACCACCUGCACCAGGAGACCCGCCGCCACAAGGACGCUCUCACCAAGCUGGAGCGGGAGAGGGGCCUGGAGCUGGAGAACCUGCAGGCUAGGCUGCAGCAGCUGGAUGAGGAGAACAGUGAGCUGAAAUCCUGUGUGCCCUGUUACCGCGCCAACAUCGAGAGACUAGAGGAGGAGAAGAGGAAGCUGGAAGAUGAGGUGGAGGACGUGACGGAGCGGAUGAACGAGGAGCUGGAAACCCGGAGGAAGACGACCGACAAGCUGACCCACGAGCGCCACCAGAACCAGAAGGAAAAGGAGCACACGCAGGAGCUGAUUGAGGACCUGCGGAAGCAGUUGGAGCACCUGCAGUUGUACAAGCUGGAGGCAGAGGCUAGGAGAGGACGCUCUCCCAGUGCCGGGCUGCAGGAGUACCAGAGCCGCACCCGCGAGGCCGAGUUGGAGCAGGAGAUCCGACGCCUCAAGCAAGACAACCGCAGUCUGAAGGAGCAGAACGAUGAGCUGAACGGCCAGAUCAUCAACCUGAGCAUCCAGGGAGCCAAGAACCUGGUGACGGCCUCCUUCUCCGAGUCACUGGCUGCCGAGAUCAACUCUGUGUCCCGGGGAGAGUUGAUGGAGGCCAUCCGCAAGCAGGAGGACGUCAACUUCCGACUACAGGACUACAUCGACCGCAUCAUCGUGGCCAUCAUGGAGUCCAACCCCUCCAUGCUGGAAGUCAAGUAGAGGUGGCCGUCUUGAAGUAGGGCAGCCUGGCGGCCUCUCCGCCUCGCUGGACUGCCAUACUAGGAGAGACUGGCUAAACACUUAAAGACUGGCUACUGAGACUGACCACAGAGAGAGCAAUACCUAUUGAACUAUACUAGGUGGGGGAAAAGUACUCCAAUUAUCAUUAAAGAAGAUGUAUUUUUUUGUCACUGUUGGUGGCUGUUGUCUAUGAGAAAAUAAGCUACAUGGUUUAACGUCCCUGGGAUUUGAGCUUUGCUUUGUGUGUGUGUCUGUUCCCCCUGUAUACAGUAGGCUUUGGUUCUAAUGACUUCCCUGCAUUUGGGUAGAGGGACCUGAGUUUUCCUUGUGUGUCUGAGGUUGUGUGUGCAAAUGUGUUUUCUCUGAGGAACUCUUGGAAUCCAUGGAAGACCUGGUUAACGGGUCACUGUCCCCUUAAAUAUCUUCUUGGCAAUGAAAUCUUGUGAGCCCCAAUGCUAGCAUGAUUCUAAAAUGUUUUGUCCUUGCACUACAUAUCAGCCGAUACCAUCUUUCACCAUGAGCUCAGUAAAUGAACUCCUGGGGUGUUUUGGGAGCGUUCUCCUGUAUCGGACUGAACCAUGUUUAAUCCACGUUUAAACCGGAUGUAGCACUGGUCAGGGGACGAGGUCAGAUGAAGUUGACCCUGGCUGCUCUCUUGAACACAGACUACAUAAACCGUGUCACGUUUGCAGUGUAAGUCUUUAUCCUGGUUUGACUUUUGACUUGGAUUAUAUUCCCAGUGUGAGUUAACCCAACCCAGGUGAGGGACAUUUCCUGGGGUAGAGGACAAGAAAUGCCCUGAGGGUUAGUGUGUGUGUGUGUGUGAGUGCAUGCAUGCAUUUGUGUAUGUGUGUGUUACGUUUUUUUUGUUGUGUUGCUUGCAAUACUUUGUUUUGAAAAAAGGUUAAAAAGGUUUGGUGACUACAAUGGUAGUAACACGAAUGACAUGUUCAUUCUUGUGAGCCUCAAUGUCUCCACAGUGAAGCUGAGUGGCUCAUUGUUUGCUGUACCUCCGUUUGUUUUUACAAUGAAACAGAGUCCUAGGGGGUCAGGCGGGCUAAAUACUCCAAUACAAGAACACUUCUCCAUCACAUCAAUUCCUUUUAAUGUAAGCUCUGACUUUGAGGUAGUUAAAAACGGACAAAUACUGACAUAAAUGUUGGUCAUACUGACAGGAAAUAAUUGGAUUGUCUAACUUGGACACUAAAUCAAAUGGAGAGAAAAUGUUGCUGUGUUGUUUUUAUUUGAGCUGAGUGCGCUGGGAAGUGUUGUUCUUUUAUAGUGUGACUGACCCACCUGAUCCUUAGUGGAGCCUUGCUGAGUGAAAGUGAAAGGGAGCCAGUUUAUCCAGUGUGAAGGACAUGUCUGGUCUGCUUGUAACCAAAAACAUUUACUGGAUAAGUGACUUUCCGUAAAGAAAGAAAAUGCUGAAUAAUUUGACUAAUGAAUAAUGUCUUAUUGAAGGAAUAGAAUCAGUUCAUUUUUUGGGGGGGUUUAGACAAAAAAGUAUUAUUUGUAUAAAAAAAUAUAUAAAAAAAUGUAAAGUUUAUUGUGAAGGGAUGUAAUCCUAAUAUGACGAUAUAUUGUUUUAAAACAAUAUGAAUGAAUUAAGAAUGCUGAAUUGAUUUGAAAACUGACCUUUUUUGAAGAGGUUACAUGUCGUUACUCUCCCGCAGCUUUUUGAUUUAAAGGAGCAGAACAUGUUCAACACUUAGAUGAAGCAAUAAUGUUUUGAAGAACAGUGGAGAACGAAGAAGAACAGACUUCGUGGACAAACGGACUUCAGCAAACCAACAAAACUCCCUUCUUUUACUGUAUGAGCCUCAGUUGACUAAGCACCAAUCUGAAUUUCCGGGAACUUUUCGCCACAUUUCUGGACGUAAGCAAGAGGAAAUGAGAAUGGCAGACUUUUAAUACACGUCAUCAGUGCUACCUAUUCACUAAUGCACUCCCUGAGACUGAGAUACUGGACAUAUUGAAGGAUAUCACUGUUGCUGACUCUUACUUGCUGGAACUGCUGACAGCUUGUGGUUUGUCCCUGGGUGAAAGGGAUGAACAGCAACGUAUACUGUACCAACCAUCGCAGCUAUACUAAAAACAAAAAUACCGCAGCCACCUCCACCACCUAUCAAACUCUUGCUACAGUAUGCCACCACGCUUUUCUCCUCUUCAGCGCUCCAUGGAAAAUGGCCUUGUGUGUAAACGACUUGUACAUGUCAUUUUUUCCCCAAACCUUUAGAUUCUAGGUAUUUUUAUAGUUGGGGGGGGGGGGGGGGGAAUUGCAUUUUUCAUCAUUUUCUUUUUGGUCUUCUGCUGAAAAAUAAUAUGAUCCUCCCCCAAGGGAGGGUCUUGUGUAUGCCGCUCUCGCAUGUAGCCCGUACACGUCAAUUUCUCCCGUCUGUGAAUCACAUCCAGAUAUUUAUUCUGCAUUUCACUUCACAGUCCCUGCCCUGUUGUUUCUCUCUAAUAGUAGUUGUUUUUGAGGGAAAAGUUUGUAAAUAGUUUUGGAAUCUAUGGAUUCUCAAGGGAAACUGGCAUUCAGCGGAUUUAAUGGUUGAAUGCUACUCGAGGGGAAAUUGUUGAUUUUGAGAAAAAUAGUUGAUUAUUUUAGAUUGAAAUGUAUAUCUUGUACUCAAUGUAGCAUACAGUACAUUUCAAAAGUGUUGCAUUGAGCACCCAUUGAAUUGGCAACACUGGCGUGCUUCAGUCUCGUCUGACCAAUUAAAAAUGUCUGUUUAUGGUUAGGUCUUUCCACUUCAACCCAACUGAGGUGUGAUCCACUGUAAUGCUGAGGUUGCAGACAGUGGCCUCAUGAAGGGCAUUGUCAUUGUAGUCAACGUCAGUGACACAUGCCAACUCUGUUAUUGCCCCAGCUGAGAACAGGCACUGCACAGAACUACUGAUCACUAUUGUAUAUCACUUUCUGAAUCUUUAAAACCGAUCAUUAGGUUCACCGAACCAUAUCAUGUGGAGGUCAGUGGAGUUGCACUGCGCCUGAUGCCUCGGGACAGAUAGUGAGGCCUCAGAAAGCCAGCCCACAGAGGGCUGAACUGUCUGAGUGGUUCAAGUCAUUCUGCCUUUGAGUGUAAUAGGUUGCUUUCCCCAGCAGAUAUGAGGCUCAAGAGGAUUCAGCCAAUCAUUUACUACUACAGUACCCAGCAGCCAGUGGUGCAAUCCUAGGAGGAAACCAUAAGACAUAUCUUCCCCUAUCUUACAUGGAGACAGCAGCAGGAUUACCCUAUUUUCUGUUUAUUCCUUGUUUAUUUUUCAUUUCAGACUGUCUACUGUAGUUUAGACAGCUAGUUGUGAGACUUACACUAGCAUGAUUGCUAGCUGACUGAUUAGACUAAGACCAGAGUCCUGUCCAGACAUUACACUUGAUUGAAUGGGAUUCUCUAAUGCACUUUAAACACGUUCCAAUUUAUUUUUAACCACAUAAUUUUAAAACUGACCAAAGAACAGAAGUUUUACUUCUCACUGACCAUUUUAACUAUCGGUUCACACUCUCUUCCUUACUGAAAUUUGAAAACGUUAUCAUCAGAAGAGUAAUUCAUUAUCAUUGCUGAGUCCAACUCUGCCCUGAAAAACUGGCCUGCUAGUCUUAACACUGUGCCUCUCUCUCAUAAUUGUCCCUCUUACUAACCUGAUGACGAGCCCUUGGAAAGCACUGACCGUAUGUGACUGUCAGUUUGUUAAAUUAUACUUAAAUGUGUAUAUAAAAUGGUUUGUGAUUUUUUUUUUGCUCUCACACUAGCUUCCAAUGUCCAAAGAAAGUUUUGCUCAAGGCACAAACAUCACUACUAUAGUAGUGCAUGGCUUGCCAUUUAAAAUGAAUGGGAAGGGAAAAAGAGAACAUUGUAGAAACAAGAAUUGUACAACUGAAGUUUAUUCUUAUUCUGAAGGAUAAUGUAUUGUUUACUGCUCUAUGUUUUUCUUUGAAGGUCAUCUGAAUGAUGUAACCCUUGUUGUUCUUGGGGAAUGAUAAUUUCAAGUCAAUGUAAAAAGGUAAAAGAAAACAAUGAAGUAAGAUUAGAAAAUAAAUCAAAUAAUAAAAUGA